AAGUAAUCUUAUCAAGAUAUAUCUAAUUGUACAUCAUAAGAAUCAAGACAUUGAAUCAUGAAAUUGUUACUUAACAAGUGGUUGAUUAUAAAGCAUUUUCGUGAUAUUAUCCAAUUAUCCAAUGAUAACCUUCAGGAAGGUGUGGUUAUUUCGUAAGCCAUUGAUAUACAUUGUUACAAUGACGGUUACAUUUUUAUUUCACCAAACAAUGCUCAAUAUACAUUUUCUUCAAAGAAGGUGCAUCCUCAUUUUAUAUAUACAUAUAUCAAUAAACAUUUUGUAAAUAUACCAAUAGCCUAUGUUAGUGAGAAUGAAUUAAUCUCAGACUUUCUGGUGUAAUGUAUUGUAUUAUUGAGUUUUUGUUGUUUUGCUAUUUAAAUGUUCAUUCGGUAAGAGAAUUUUGGUGUAUCUGUUUGGACUGACCCACCAAGCACACAUUAAAAACAUUCUAAGGAGUGUAUGUCAACAAGCACAGCUAUAUAAAACAUUUCAAAAGCACUGUCUAAAACAUCCCUUUUAUUGUUUCCUUGAUAUUGUAUGUUAGUUGCUAAAUCAACGUUGUAUUUUCACUCCACACAUCUAUGAGCGUUCACACAGCCUAAAUAUCAAAACAUCAGUCCAUUUGUUAUCGCUAGAUGGUGCUGUGGUACUUAAUGAACCGGUCACUGAGCCAACCCUCUGGCAGAGCAACAAAGACACUAUACAGAUUAGAAACAAUUAGUCUUUCCUUAUUUUCAGUGUAUCUCAGACAGGACCCAACACACAGACGGCACACGCGAUUAUAUCACACUGCAACUUUGCAUUUGCCUUUCUAGAGUCUUUCUAGAGUCUGCAUCACAAACACUGUUUUCGAAAAUUGAAUUGUGUGGCUACCAAUCUCAAAUAAUAAACAAACAAUGGAACAAGUUUGCGAUUUAAAUCUGGUAGGGACACUGAUGAAGAACGCAUUGAGAUUAUGGUUGUUGUUUUAUUGAUCAGGGCAACAACAGCAAAAACUAUCUAGUAUUUUCCCCAGUAGAUGGCGCAAUAACUCUUUCUAUCUGAUCAUUGUAGUGAGUCCCAAAUUAUUACAUUUCAAAUCCAAGAUACACAGUCUGUAUCAAAUAAAGUAAUCUUUGGUUUGUAAUCAUGUCGAAUCUAUUGAUCGAAUAUAUUCAGGUUGGGACAGUCUAAAAAGUAAAACCUUUUAGCCCGCCGUGACCAGUGCAUUUUCAAGCAGUAGCUAGUUAUAUGUUGUAAUUAUUAUUUUCAGGCCAUAUAAUUUAAUUUGUUAAAAAUGAUAUGUGAACGAGUGCAAUUGUAUGUAUAGACAAUUUGACACUUGCAUAUUUAUUCAUAUGGUCAAUUAUUUUUGUAGGCAGCAUUACUGUAUGUACAUUUACCUGAAAAACACCUGGUAAACAUUCAGAUUGUCUAAACUGUGACUGUCUCUUCAAAAUGUGUAAUGCCAAAAUAUAGCUAGAUAUUAUAAAUUCUGCAUUUGAGUCGGCUGCAAUGCUGUUAGUGUAUCUGACAUUCAUAUGGUGGUGUUUGCCUGCUGCUGCUGAUGUGAGAUGCGAUGUGGAUGAAUGAGGAAGUUUUCAAUUUGGUUGUCUGGUGGUGCAUCUGGGUAAUAUUCAUUGGAGCACAACGUAGAAAAACGUUAAAUAAAAUGUGCACUAUAAAACGAAAACAAGCUGUUAUUAUUGGACAAGUUCAUGUAGUCCCUUCCUGUUGCAGUAAAACAAAAUCGUUUGGUGCCUUAUGAAUACAAACCUGUUCGAUGGGAGAGGCGGGGAUAACAUUUGGCAGCUUCAUUUCUUGUGGGUGUGAGCUGCGAACGGCAUCUGAAUUUUAACAAACAGGAACCGAAUUGUUUUCAAAUAGCUAGCUGUGUUUUCGACAUUGUUUGUUUGCUAAUAUCUAUUUCAUUUUGAUCAAAUUUGUCGUCCGUUAAGACGUUAAUUAAAGACUCAAAACGAGAAUUGAUGGUUUUUGCUCUCCGUUCCUGCUGGAUUUGACCUGGUGAACGUGGUACCUCCAGACGUUUGGAAAUUACUCCCAAGGAUGAACAAGACUUGUGGAGUUCUACAAAAAACAUUUAUGAAGUCUUGGCUGAUUUCUUUUGAUUUUGCUAUGAUGUCAAGCAGAGGCAUUGAGUUUGAAGGUAGGUCUUGAAAUACAUCUACAGGUACACCUCCAAUUGACUCAAAUGAUGUCAAUUAGCCUAUCAGAAGCUUCUAAAGCCAUGACAUUUUCUGGAAUUUUCCAAGCUGUUUAAAGGAACAGUCAACUUAGUAUAUGUCAACUUCUGACCCACUGGAAUUGUCAUACAGUGAAAUAAGGGUCUGUAAACAAUUGUUGGAAAAAUGACUAUAGUUUGUUAACAAAAGAAUUGUGGUGUGGUUGAAAAAUAAGUUUUAAUGACCCCAACCUAAGUGUAUGUAAACUUCUGACUUCAACUGUACAUACAAUGUUCAUUUAAGGUAUGUCAUCCAAAUUCAACUGUAAUUACAAAAUAUUUAAAAAAAUAAGACAAUUGGCUUUUACAACUUCAAUUCUUUUUGCAUACAUUCCACUAAGUCUAUAGCCUAAUAAGCAUUUGGCUGUGCCCGCUAUAAAAUCUGCUAAACUGUGUAUGGACCAAUAAACUGAUUUGAAUACAGGAACAGUCAGAAUGGGAACAAAUUAAAAGCUUGCAAGAAAAGGGGAAAGACCAGUGAACCUGAGCUACUGCGUGAAGACUAGGAUUUAUCUUUGCUCGUAGCUAUGUAUGGUAUGUAUGUCUGUGUCAUGUGAGGGUGUAAUUGUCCCUCAGCCCUGUUUGCAGCCACAGCAGCAUGUUGUCCAGUCUCUCCAGCCCCUGCCUAUCCUUGUCACCGUGGGGGCAGCUAUUGACUGCCUGGCUCACAGGAGACAUGUCUAUAGUGUCGUCCUCCUCACAAAGGUCUGAGAGCUGACAUCCAUCACAGGGUCCUACAGACACUUAGCUACUGAAGUCCUGAUCAGGAUUCGCGGUCUGUCAAUGAGGAACUACCGGCUCAUCUUUUGCCAUAACCUGAAGCAGCCAUAGAUGACCAUUCGAUUCACUGCUAGUGAGUGGUGCUGAAGAUAAGGUGAACUACUGGGUGUUUUAAGUGCUGAACGACCUUCGGAAGCAGCUCGGCUGUGGAAGCGAUGAGGAAGAGCCUCUCUCCUUCCCCCAGCAACUCCCUGACACCAGCCAGGGUUUUUGGGGUUCCCCUAGAUGAGGUGCAGCAGAGCGGCCAGCCAGGCCAGGAGGUCCCCCUACUGGUCAGGCACAUCGUAGAGUACGUCGAAGAGCAUGGGCGUCUGGAUCUGGAGGGGCUGUUCCUGGUCAACGGUAAUGCGGAGCGGGUGGAGUGGCUACGGCAGCGCUAUGACUCUGGGGAGGAGGUGGACCUGGAGAAAGAGGCUGACCUGGCCUCGGCCGUCAGCCUGCUCCGUCUCUUCCUGCAGGAGCUCCCAGAACCCAUCAUCCCUGCAGGCAUGCAGGCCCACAUCCUGCAGCUCUACCAAGACUACAGCAGUGAGGAGGAGCUCGCCCGCAACAUGAAGUACUUCCUCCAGCAGCUGCCUCAGGUCAACUACAGCCUGCUGCGCUUCCUGUGCCGCUUCCUGUCCAGCGUGGCCUCGCUCCAGGAGGAGAGCUGGAGCGUUGGAGCCCUCGCCGCAGUCUUCGGACCCGACGUCUUCCAUUUAGACACAGAUGUGGAGGGCCUGAAGGAGCAGGAGUCAGUGAGCCGCAUCCUGGCGGAGCUGCUGGAGAAUCAGGAGGAGUUCUUUGACUCAGAGGACGAUGACGUUUCUACCACCAACGACUACAGUUCCAUCAACGAACAGAUCACAGAACUCCUGGACGAUGACAAAUUAGAGGCGUUUGAGGAGCUGCCCCAAGAUGGCGAGGAUGGCCCCCCUUCCGCCUCUGAAUCCCCCCAACACAGUAACACCCAGGUCACCCCCUCUUCAAGCCACACUCACACGCUCGCUCACGUCACGCACACCCACACCUACGCGCACACCCACACCUACGCGCACACCCACACCUACGCGCACACCCACACCUACGCGCACACCCACACCUACGCACACCCACACCUACACGCACACCCACACCUACACGCACACCCACACUCGUGGCGGGCCCCAGUGAGAGGCCAGGGCCAUGCGAGGGCCAUGAUGAAGAGGGCCUGUGUGAGAGUGAGGGGCCCCACAAGCAGUCCCCUGUCAGCCCCAGAGACAGAGCGCAGCCCUGAGGCCCAACAGGAUUGUGACUCCCAUAACGGUGCCCUGGAGGAGAGUUCUGGAAUGAACCUGGACCACGCCGAGGCUCUCGUAGACACAGAGAACAAUAUCAACACGGCCAGGCAAGAAAACCAAGCCUGUGAGAAGAUGGACCAGGCUGAUCUCAUCGCCUGUGUCUCUGUGUGUGAGUGUGACCAGAAUGCCAACACAGACGCCAGCUGCCCCAGCUCCCACCACCUCCACCGCAUCUUCCCCUACAGCCAGUGGGAAGCACCAUCCCCAAACCAUCUCCCCCUCAUAGACUUCACAUGUAUGCACCUGCAGGGGAGAGGUCAUGACCCCGUGCCAGCCUUCAAGUCAUGGCAGGAUGAGAGUGACUCUGGUGAGGCCCAGCUGUCCCCCCUGGCCGGGCGCAUGGUGCCCCUGCCCCACGAGGACUCCUCCCAUCCCCUCAUGGCCCGUCGCUUCCUGGACUUUGGCCACAGCCAACGCUUCCUGCAGCACCCCGACGCCACCUCGCCCACUAAAGCCCACCAGGCCCUGGGGAGGCCUCACCGUGCCUCCUUCACUUCCAAAGAGAGUGCUGUGAGGAACGACUCGGCCCCCCACCAGCUCACCAAAAAGCUGCAGAACCUCAAGAAGAAGAUCAAACAAUUUGAGGAACAGUUUGAGAAAGAGAGGAACUACAAGCCGUCCCAUGGUGAUAGUGCCGCUAACCCAAAGGUCCUCAAGUGGAUGACCGACCUCACCAAAAUCCGCAAACAGUUAAAAGGAAGACAGCAUCUCUUUCUCAAAGGGUCCCUGAGGCACCAGGCGGUGCUUCAGUCAUACAGACGCCACCAAACCUCCUCCACCUCCGCCCCGAACACACCCCAUUUUACACUUGCACGUCCCCUCACUGCCUCUAAACAGACACCCUACCUGUAUGCCAAACACAAGGAGGCUGACCUGACCCCUCAGACGCGGCCACGCAGCAACACUUUGCCCAAGAGCUUUGGUUCCACCCUGGACCAGGCAGGCCACGAUGUUGGUGGAGAGGCCAAGGGCCACCAACCCACCAGAGAGGAGACCCUGAACCUCAUCCAGCGCCGCGUCAAAGGCAAGAGAGAGGACGACGGCUGGCCAGAGGACACCAAGAAAAUGACCAAGGAGCAGCUGUCGUGUGAGAAGACGGUCCUACAGAAGAACCUCCUGCACUACGAGGGACUCCACGGUCGACCUGUGACCAGAGAGGAGAGGCUGGUGGUCAAACCGCUGUACGACCGCUACCGUCUGGUCAAGCAGAUGCUCACCCGCGCCAGCAUCACCCCCAUCAUCGCUUCCCCCUCCAGCAAGCGACGCAACCACACCCUGCAGCCCAUCAUCGAGGGAGAGACUGCCCACUUCUGUGACGAGAUCAAGGAGGAGGAGGAGGGUGAAGUGGAGGAAGAGGAGGCCACAUCCAAGGAGGAGGAAGAGAGCAGUGUGGAGCUCCAGAGCUUGGGGUCAGAGGUGAUCAUGGCUCUAGACCCAGUGUUCCAGCCCCAGACCAGCUCCCAGAGACACAGAGACAGCCUGCUCAUGCCCAAGAUGGAGGAAACCUCCGGGAAACUAGCCCUGGACCUGCGCCUGUCCAGUGCCAAUGCCUCGUCAAUGCCUGAGCUCCUGGAGCAGCUGUGGAAGGCCCGGGCUGAAAAGAAGAAGCUAAGGAACACCAUCCGCCAGUUUGAGGAUGAGUUCUACCAACAGAAUGGCAGGAACGUCCAGAAGGAGGACAGGCUACCCAUGAUGGACGAGUACAAAGAGUAUAAACGGAUCAAAGCCAAACUGCGCCUGCUGGAGGUGCUCAUCAGCAAGCAGGAUUCCUCGAAGUCUAUCUAGAGCGAGAAGAUGGAGGGAGGCCACCCUGCUUCCCUCCAUCCACCUGACUGAAGGUCCCCCAUCUCACCACGGACUGACAUGUCACCCCUACAUGGCCCCUCCAUUAUCAACCAUCCUCCUACCUGCACCCCUGAGAGACGGCACAGCAUCCACCGUAUCUCACUACUGUCUCCCCAAAACCACCCAUCAGAUUCUGCCAUCCCCAGCUAAUGUUUAGUGUAGGCUCCUUUCUAAGGACUCUGAUGAAGAGACCUCUUCAUCCCACCAGUCAAGACUCGACACACCCUUUUGAUUUCUUUCUACCUGUUUCCUUCAGAGGAAUUCCCUCUUCCUCUUUAGAGUUUAGUUUUUGUUUAAACGUUAAAAAAAUCAUUAACUUCAUGUAUGUUAGUUUCUCAUACUGAGAAAUCCUAUUUAACAGGAGCGUGUAGUGUGUUGUAGUCGCCUGGCCACAGAAUUAACUCUCCCUCCCUCAGAGCAAGGACACUGCUCAUUCUAUUUCCAAUAUUGAUUCAGUUAACCAACUCCACUGUCAUCAUUCAACACUAGGAUGUUUUUUGUGUCGUCUUGAGUGAGAUCUUUUUGGAAAAAGUAAUUAAUGUAUGUUUUCUUGUACAUAAAUAUUUACACAUGUUUGUAUGUUACAGUAUGUCAUUUUUCUUUAAUGAAGAGAUUCUCUCAAGUUUGAAAACGAACUUACAGUUUUAAGUGUCUUAUGCUAUUCCAGUUGUUCUAUUAUUACACAAUUGCCACUAUGGAAACUGAGCGCGUUUUAUCAGUUGGAACUGGUUGUGCUCAUCCUUUCUGUUGUUUUUCUGUUUUAAUAUUGUCAUCACUGGAAGGAGUUUGACACACCAGGUGGGCAGGACAGCCAGUUAGGUUCAUCACUUAGCAUUGUUACCUUAACCGUCUCCAUUUUGGCAAUAAGGCUGGACUGCUUGACUUUAGCAUAUAAAUAUGUCCCAAUUUCUUUUACUUAUAUUCUUUCAAUUGCAGAGUGGACCUUUGCGAGGUGUCUUAUUGAGUUGUCUCUGCUCUAAAGCUGUUCCAACUGCAUCAGUAUUAUGCUAAAUACAGCAUAUGGCAGUGUGACGGCGGGAUGACACUGGUUGGUGAAGUGUAUGGGAUAUGUCCCAUAGUGAGCCAGAGUUUUUGGCCAGGCAAUGUAGAGCCAGGUCAUUGUCAGGUCCUGGGGAGUUGUCUGACCACAGAGCUCUGAGAAGGCUUUACCACGGCCAAGCAGAACCAAUAGCACCUCGACCCCUGUCAUCAACAAUUUGACCCUGUCCCUAUUUAUCCCAAAGUUCCUAAGGGCUUUGUUCGAAAGUUCACAUGCAACUACAACAGAGUCAAAGUGAUGCAUGUUGGGAAUGACACUGGGGUGUGUCUGGUCUUUUGGCGUCAUGCCUCCUGCCUGCCACUCCGUAGAUAUUAUCGACCCCAACCUUUUG